AUGGAGGACACUUUGUGCCAGCUGUUCACCCGCUACGGCACGGUCGUGUCGGUUGUCAUCGCGCACGAGGGCCAGAAGAUUCAAGGCUACGUGACGCUCGACGCGCGGGAGAACGCCCAGCGGGCGAAGGACGCGUUGCAGGACCGGGAGGUGGACGGCGUGCCCCUGUGGAUCGAGUGGUGCUCUGGUCCACCACCGACGCCCGUGCCCAGGGCGGAGACGAGGGACGGCCGACACGUGGUCGUGGAGCCCCCGCCCGACCAGCGACGGCGCCGGAUCAUCGAUCGCCUCGCAAAGUACGUGGCCCAGGAGGGGCACGCCUUCGAGCAGCUGGUCAUGGAGCGCGAGUCGCCAGACGGCAAUCUCGCCUUCCUCUUCCAGCAGGGCUCCAAGGAGAACGUCUACUACCGCUGGAGGGCCUUCGCCUUCGCGCAGGGCGACAAUUUCAAGAUCUGGCGCACCGAGACGUUCCGCGUCUGCGAGGGGGCCCUCCUCGUCGACCGCUUUAAGUUGGAGAAGGAGAAGAUCCUCGAGCAGAAGGAGGCGUUCGACUUCCUCGACCAGGAUCACCAGGGCAGGAUAACCCUUGAGAAUCUGCGGACCUUCAACGCCAAGUUCCAGAACGGCUAUACGGACGCGCAGCUCCGAGAGGAGUUCAAGGCCCUCCACGCGGACGGGGACGACACGCGCAGCGUGACGUUUCUUGACUUCCUGAGGGUGUACGUCAGGGGCGAGCAUGGGCGGGACGUGCACCUGGGCCUGGCGGAGGUGGAGGGCGACGUGAAGGACCUGGACGUGGCCCAGGUCUCGAGGAUGAGGUCCGACAGCAGGGUCCACGAGCGCAUGCCCUCGCUGAAGGAGUCCCCGCGCGCCGGGGGCGACGCCGAGGCUUAG